GUCUGUGGUGAAGCGACUGGUGGAGGUAGAGCGUGGCGGCGGCGGCUCCUUGGUACUAAGCAGCCAUGGAUCUCGCGGCGGCAGCGGACCCGGGUGCCGGCAGCCAGCACCUAGAAGUUCGCGAUGAAGUGGCCGAGAAGUGCCAGAAACUGUUCCUGGAUUUCUUGGAGGAGUUCCAGAACAGUGAUGGAGAAAUUAAGUACUUGCAGUUAGCAGAGGAGCUCAUUCGUCCUGAGAGAAACACAUUGGUUGUGAGUUUUGUGGACCUGGAGCAAUUUAACCAACAACUUUCUACCACCAUUCAAGAGGAGUUCUAUAGAGUUUACCCUUACCUGUGUCGGGCCUUGAAAACCUUCGUCAAAGACCGAAAAGAGAUUCCUCUUGCCAAGGAUUUUUAUGUUGCAUUCCAAGACCUACCUACUAGACACAAAAUUCGAGAACUCACCUCAUCCAGAAUUGGUUUGCUCACUCGCAUCAGUGGGCAGGUGGUACGGACUCACCCAGUUCACCCAGAGCUUGUGAGUGGGACAUUCUUGUGCUUGGACUGUCAGACAGUGAUCAAGGAUGUAGAACAGCAGUUCAAGUACACACAGCCAAACAUCUGCCGAAAUCCAGUUUGUGCCAACAGAAGGAGAUUCUUGCUGGAUACAAAUAAAUCGAGAUUUGUUGAUUUUCAAAAGGUUCGUAUUCAAGAGACUCAAGCUGAGCUUCCUCGAGGGAGUAUCCCCCGAAGUUUAGAAGUGAUCUUGAGAGCUGAAGCUGUGGAGUCAGCUCAAGCUGGUGACAAGUGUGACUUUACAGGGACACUGAUCGUUGUGCCUGAUGUCUCUAAGCUUAGCAUACCAGGAGCACGUGCAGAAACUAAUUCCCGUGUCAGUGGUGUUGAUGGAUAUGAGACGGAAGGCAUUCGAGGACUCCGGGCUCUUGGUGUUAGGGACCUUUCAUACAGGCUGGUCUUUCUUGCCUGCUCUGUUGCACCCACCAACCCAAGGUUUGGAGGAAAAGAGCUCCGAGAUGAGGAACAGACGGCUGAGAGCAUUAAGAACCAAAUGACAGUGAAGGAGUGGGAGAAAGUGUUUGAAAUGAGUCAGGAUAAAAAUCUGUACCACAAUCUCUGUACCAGCCUGUUCCCUACUAUUCAUGGCAAUGAUGAAGUAAAACGGGGUGUUCUGCUGAUGCUCUUUGGUGGUGUUCCCAAGACCACAGGGGAAGGAACCUCUCUUCGAGGGGACAUAAAUGUUUGCAUUGUUGGUGACCCAAGUACAGCUAAGAGCCAGUUUCUCAAGCACGUGGAGGAGUUCAGCCCCAGAGCUGUCUACACCAGUGGCAAAGCAUCCAGUGCUGCUGGCUUAACAGCAGCUGUUGUGAGAGAUGAGGAAUCUCAUGAAUUUGUCAUUGAAGCUGGAGCUUUGAUGCUGGCUGAUAAUGCUACUCUGAAUGCCAGGACGUCCAUUUUGGCAGCAGCGAACCCAAUCAGUGGACACUAUGACCGAUCAAAAUCAUUGAAACAAAAUAUAAAUUUGUCAGCUCCCAUCAUGUCCCGAUUUGAUCUCUUCUUUAUACUUGUGGAUGAAUGUAAUGAGGUUACAGAUUAUGCUAUUGCCAGACGUAUAGUAGACUUGCAUUCAAGAAUUGAGGAUUCCAUUGAUCGUGUCUAUUCUCUUGAUGAUAUCAGGAGGUAUCUUCUCUUUGCAAGACAGUUUAAACCCAAGAUUUCUAAGGAGUCAGAGGACUUUAUUGUGGAACAGUAUAAACGUCUCCGCCAGAGGGAUGGCUCUGGAGUAACCAAGUCUUCAUGGAGGAUUACAGUGCGUCAGCUUGAGAGCAUGAUCCGUCUCUCUGAAGCAAUGGCUCGAAUGCACUGCUGUGAUGAGGUCCAGCCUAAACACGUGAAGGAAGCUUUCAGGUUACUGAAUAAGUCAAUCAUCCGUGUAGAAACACCUGAUGUCAACCUAGAUCAAGAAGAAGAGGCCCAGAUGGAGGUAGAUGAGGGCCCGGAUGGCAUCAAUGGUCAUGUUGACAGCCCUGCUCCUGUGAAUGGAAUCAAUGGCCACAGUGAAGAAAUAAACCAAGAUUUUGUUCCUAAAGCCUCCUUAAGGCUCGGCUUCUCCGAGUACUGCCGAAUUUCUAACCUUAUUGUGCUUCACCUCAGAAAGAUGGAGGAAGAAGAGGAUGAGUCGGCAUUAAAGAGGAGUGAACUUGUUAACUGGUACUUGAAGGAAAUCGAAUCGGAAAUAGAUUCUGAAGAGGAACUUAUAAAUAAAAAGAGAAUUAUAGAGAAGGUCAUUCAUCGACUCACCCACUAUGAUCAUGUUCUGAUUGAGCUCACCCAGGCUGGAUUAAAAGGCUCUACAGAAGGAAGCGAGAGCUAUGAAGAGGAUCCCUACUUGGUAGUUAACCCUAAUUACUUGCUUGAAGAUUGAGAUACUGAAAGUAACCAGAAAAACCGUGGCCCCUACCUUGUGUCCUGGAGUCUGGGUGAUGUAGCUCUGCUAGCAAGAGAAAUGUUUCUGGGAGCAGGGUUUCAGGAAGAUUUAUUCGGAGGAAUAAGAGCAUCGUUGGUGGCCCUGUGUGUCACAUUCCUGUAAUACGCUUUUAUACCAACACAAGCUUUAGCACGUUGUUUUGUGUGCUUCUUAUCUAAAUGAAGUUGGAACCUGAUGAUGUGUGGUUUCUGUAACUGAGACCUUGUUUUCAUGUAUAGAAAAAGGUCUGAUAUUUUUAUGGCAUAUAGUAUCUUACUGGGGAAAUAACUUUUUAUAAUUGCCAACUACUGCUUUUCUUCAUCAAAAUAAAAUAAUGUGUUCUGCA